AUGAUUAGAUACUUGAGGAAUACAACUACGGAAAAAAGGAAAUACAACAAGCUGAACAACAGCAUACCAACUGUAGCAAAACUACUGGAACACAAUGACCAAGAUUUUAAAGAACCAUCGUGCAUUGUUGAUGAGAUGCAGACUGGUAUAACCAUUGUGAGAGCAAUAGGCAGUAUUCAGUCAAAUUCAAAAUAUACAAUCCCAUGGCCCAUCAAGUCCUGUUUCAUAUUCCUACAGAAAUACUCAAACAGGUCUAUAGGGGUCUGGCAUAACGAUAAUCAUUUGGUGGCACUCUUUGUGAAGGCAAAUGGUUGCCACACCGGGUGCUGCAGGCUGCAGAGGGAACAAAGCCCAGCGCCCUCGGGGACAGGGGUGAGCCGGGAGCAGGAAAGGGGCCUCUCCCCGACCCGCCAUCCUCCCUCCCCUGCCGGGCUCCAGUUCCUAUUACCUGCUCUUCUCGUCCCUGUCAUCCACGCCACUCUUCGGCAGAGAAAGGAUCCGCCGCAUCGUCUCUGUCCGGUCCUCGCCGACAGCUCUGUGGGGCCUGUCGAUCCCCUUGUCCGGGUCGUGGCGCCUGGGCUGGGAGGAGGCGUCGGCCGCACUCCCACUCCCAGCGCCCGCGCCCACCUUGGGCAGCUCGCCCUUCGCCCUCCUGAAGCCCGACGUCUUCUUCAUGGCUCUGUCUACCGGUUUCGAAGACCUUUUGGACUUUUCGCCGCCUCCGGAACCCUAUAUGAGGAAGCAAAUCGUGUCUGCCACAGCCUCCAACCAGGAAACUCCGCGACUCUCAGCCCCUCAGAAGAGAAACAGAGACGCGCCAAGCAAAGCCAUUACACGGACUGUGCACGCAUCUCCGGUGUCCCUGCGCGUGACACAAAUUUGGCCCGAGGGAGCUCCGUGUGCCUGAGUCCCAGGAGCCCUAGAUGCCAGCGACAGCUUGUCACCAGGCCUGCGACGCCGUCCAAGGGGCGGGAGUCGGCGGAGCUCGGGACACUGACGACGGGCCUGGGGGAAAGCUGUCCCCACACAGCCUAGGGCCAGAGGAGCGGCCUGCCAGGGCCAGACGGAGGAAGACCGCGGGAAGCAGGCUGGACGUGCAGGGAAGGGUCCAGUCCCACCCGCGGGUGCAGGGAACAGCCUGUGGGGAGGGGACCCAGGGCCGCGUGGGAAGAGUCAGGGAGCUUAGGUGGACGGCCCGGCAGGAAGAGAGGGGAAGGCUGAGCAGUGAAGGGGUCCCCAAGUCAGCCAAGGCAGAGUUCCCAGGUACGAAUUCAGAGCCUGAAGGUACUGGGCGGGGAGGUAGCCCCCACCUUCCUGAAGCCCCCUCCUCACCUCUGGGACCGUGAGGCUGGGGACGCCUGGGUAGGGCUGGGGGUGAGCCCUGGGUGUGGGGUAGCUCCACCCUGCAAGUGCCUAGAGGCCCCACACCCGCAGGCUCCCUCUGAAAAUCAGGGUUCUCUGUCCUGAGGCUGCCCAGGGGAGCCUGGCUGGCGCGAGGUGGGCCGGACAUGGGCCUGGGCGAGUCUCGCCACAGAGGGGCGCCGCUGAGCAGCCAGGCCUCCCGAGGAGUGGACACUUCCGGGAGGCCCUGGGAUCCGCCACCCACAAGCACACUUGGAGGCAGCAUCCUUGCAGGACUCGCGCCACGGCCUGGGGCCCUCCAGCCAGCCCAGCACGCCACCGCCCCUCUGUCCCCAGCCACCCGCGAGAGAAUCUGGGUCGCCAGACCCUUGUCCUUCACCAAGGCAAAGCCGGCUAAGCCUCAGAGCCGUAGGCGAGAGCGCCUGUCUGCAUGAGUGAGCACGUGGGUGUCUUUGAGUCUAUGGGUGUCACAGAGAGAUCAUCAGGAGCUGCCUGCUCACAGGCACUUUAGGACCCCGAAAGAAAAGGCUGUGCCAAGAGAGUUCUUCCAGUCAGGAGGUUUGGGAAUGGGGGAGAAGGGAGUGCCUGGAAUCCGGACCUCAGAACUGAGCCUCCGAAGUGGGCAACAGUGGCUCCCCCACGCGCUCAAGGGCCAGGUGUCAUGAGGACUGGACAUGGGCCUAUCAAGACCAUCGGCAUGCUGUCAGCCAAGGAUCUCGUGGCCUGCCUCUGCCAAGGGGGG